AUGUCGGGCAGUGGGGGCAUCCACCCCAGCUCCUUGUCCCCACUCGACUGGGGAGCCAACAGCGGCUGCAGAAAGAAGGCGCAUUUCAAAGAUGUGGACACUGAGGCCCAGACAGGUCCCCCACCGUCGCCAAGACCCCCGAGGAGGCGGCGGCAGGAGCGCACGGUGUACAGCAAGGAGCAGCUGCAGGAGCUGGAGAGCAGCUUCCAGACGAACAAGUACCCGACCUACGAGGACCUCGAGGCCCUGGCGGCCCGGCUGGCUCUGCAGGAGCGCCAAGUGCAGGUGUGGUUCAAGAACCGCCGGGCCAAGGAAUCCAGGCCGCGAGGCCGCGGAGCCCGCGCUGUGCCCAGGGGCCCCGGAGCCCCAGCCCCGCCCCGGGUGCCGGUCCCUGUCCCUGCCGGACCCCCGCCCCCCGAGGGCCCAGGUCUCUGCAGCCCCCCUCCGCCCAGCGCCGCGAGCAUCUUCCCGCCAGCAGAGCCCAGCAUCUGCAGCCCCGGCCAGGCCUGGUGGGGCCCCGCGCACGGCGCCCAGGACGUGGUCCCUGCUGCUCCGGCCCCGGCCCCGGCCUGGCCUCACGACCCCUACGCCUCGGACUUCUCGCCGGACCCUGUUGCAAUCCCUGACUUCACCGCGCUCUUCUCACCCCGUGACCCCUGCGAGGGACCCGCCCCCUCCUGCGCGUCUGGGUCCCAAAAGAGGGAGGACUCUGCGGAUGCGAACGGCUCGGGCCCCGCGAGGUUGCAGGAUUUGUAG